CUAUACGACAAGUUGGCCGUAUCAAGUGAUCGGUUGUGGAGGACCGUCGGUCGUAUGAGUGGUGCCUUACAUGAGGAUGCCAGGCAAAUGUAUUCGGAGCUUUGCAAUGAAAAGAUAUCCGAGUCAAUCAACUGAUUGUUGCCCGUCGUCCCCGUCAUAGCCUGGACGCACCUCGGUCUCCGUCUGCAGCUGCUUCAACCAAAAGUCAACACCACCAUGGCGGAUAUUCGCAAAAUUGUAGAAGGCGUCACUAGAGUCGAAUUCCCUGAAUCUCAAGUGACCUUUCUUAUCGACUUCUUAUACAUCGAUGGUCACCAUAGGUGGGCGAAAGUGCACCUCACAUACUUUCGGCUAUGUAGCCAACAAUUCGUGUCCAGCAGCAUCAAGUCAAUUGCUUGUUGCAAUAGCGGCGAGGCUGAGAAGUUCGAUCACGACAUCGAUCAGAUUCAUUGUCACAGCUUUCGACAAGGGCAUUGGAUUAAAGCAAGACGCGAACAUUUUCCGCCCUUGACCAACGACAACUCGAUCCCAAGCGUCUGUCAAAAUAAACAGUUUGAAGCAUUCAUGAAGCUUCAUUCUACAAAGGUUUUUUUGGAAGACGAGUGCAGUCAGCGUGAGGUUAGAGAGGAUUGUGACCAGCAACAUGUCGACAGACUGCACUCGCGUCUCAAACGAAGCCUGUUCAUGCUGCCUGGCGAAUUCACGUCACAUCGGAAAAGCAGUAGACCGGUGAAGAGGGCCAGACGCAAUGGAGACUGGAAAGAGAUCAAAGAAGUGGCAGAGGGGAUCGAGAAGUCCCUAAUGAACUGUGUGGGAUUGCGACCAUUGAGCAGCGAAAGGAAGUGCAGUUGACAAUCGCCCAAGUCAGUGGCGCCGCUUCGACUGCGUGUUUUGUGCAAAGAGUCGUGCAUGGAAUUGAGCUU